ACUGCCAUAAAUGCUAAAUGGGAUUCUGAUGGGAAGUUUAUUAUGCCCUUGGAUGUUGAGGUUGAAAGUAUGAGAUACAUAAUUGUUUAUGACAGUAGUACAUAUUCACUGUCAGAUUCAGGUCCAGCUAUAGACUGUGCAGACAGCAUAGAAGAAUCAAGCCAAUUUCCUGUUCAGAUUCUUAGCGGGGGCGAUGAGAAGUUUUCUGCACUCUACCCUUUCCUAAGAACGCCAGAAUUGGAGAGCUUGAAUUCCUAUCCUGUGGAAAUCUUGCCAGGCAAGCUUUAUAUGGGUGAUUACAGGCAGGCCACAAACCUUCAAAUCCUUAAAGAUCUGAAGCUGAAUGUACUUGUCAGUGUCUCUGAUGAAUGCAGUCUUGUGUUUAAAAAGGCAACUGCACUGUCUUACACAUCCGAAAAUCAGAUUUGAUCACUUCGUUCGAGAGAAUGUGCGUUUUUAUUGGUAAGUACUGGGAGAUUUUUUUUCGUCCAGUGGAUAAACAAUAACUAUCAACAACAACAACAACAACAACAAAAAACUGUUCAGUUAUGAUUGUGAGUGUUUUAAACAUUUCAGGUUCACAUCUCAAUAACUCUUCUUCUGUUUUGAUAUUCUCUACUCUUGGAGUAAGCCGAUGCUGUGCUGUAACAAUAGCAUAUUUUAUGUAUCACCUCAAAUACACACUUAAGGAAGCAUGGAAUCAUAUUCAGCAGUGCAAAGCCAA